GCUUCCCCGAAAUUUGCUGUAGUCAUAUUACAAAUAGAGACUGCUGUUUACCAUUGCCCACAUUUUAAGACCAAGAAGCAGAAAGGAAGACAAAGCAAAAUGAACUGUACUAUCGAAAGCCAGAUGGUGUUUUAUGAUGCCGCAAAUGGUGAUGAGAGUAUUGAACUGGUCAAUAGCUCUCUGGAAACAAAUGCCAGCAGCCAGGAAACUGAAUCAGAGAGAACUGACAUUGUAGAGGCACAAGUGCUCCCUAAAAACACCAAGGGGCGUUUGUACUUUAGUAAUCAAGAGGGCCUUGACGCCAGUAGGAACAAAGUGCAGUCACGUCCAAAAAUUGAUGAACAGAUCAAGGGACACAUGACAACACUUUCUGAAAUUCUUGAAAAUCCAGAUUUUGCUGAUUUCCAUCAUAUUGUAAAAGAGGUCAAUGAAAAACUUUUGGGUGCCAUUGAUUAUGCUGCAAAGAAUUCAACUUCCCUGAAUGCAGUAACAGAAUUGCUGGGAUCCUGUUUUGCUGUUCUUCUGGAGGCCUGUCAUGGAGUGGCAGAUAAGUUUGAGCUUUCAGAUGAUACUGUGGAGGCCUUGGCAGACUUCAAAAGAUGUGAAAGGGAGAGAUAUGAUCUCCUUAAAAAGACAGAGAUGGACAGAGCUGUUGACAAGAGAGAGGAAGGAGUUACUUUACUUGAACAAGCCAUGACAAAAGGAAAGGAAGAUGUCAAAAAAGUACUAGAGAGACAGAAGAAGACAGAGGAGGCACAGACUUUGCAGAAGUUUCUCAACAAAAGUGAAGAACUUGAACAAGAAAUUAACAGAGAAAUUGAGGAGCUGAAAUUAAUGAGUGACAACUGUGAAGCUGAUGUGGCUAAGAUAGCUGAAAGCCUCGACACCCUACGUGAGUCUGCUGAGAUUGCCCUCAAAAAGUACACACAGAGAGACCAGAACUUGUGCCAAAAAUUACAGCAGAAUAGAAAAGAACAGGAAGAACUGCAGAAACGGUUGAAUGCUCUCAAGGAAAAUGAGCAAAAGUUGGAGGAAGAAAGAGAGAAGGAAAACAAUACCCAGAAGAGAGCAGACUCAACAGCAAUGGGAGCCGAAAAAGAGUUGGAGAAGUGGCGUCAGCAAAUACAAGAGUUACAAGACAGGUGUCAGGCUGCUCUCCAUGUUAUGGAAGAAUUUAGAGAUGGAUCCAGUAAAUUAAUGGAUGCUUCUGUGGAAAGCAAAAAGAAAGAAGAGCGUGAGCUGCACAAACUGGACAUUAUGGCUCACAGACGACUGCGAGAUGCGACGGCAGCAGCUGCUGUUGAAUGCCAACAACACAUUGAAGAUUGCGAUAAGAACAUUAAAUUCCUCAAAGAUACGAUCACAUCUCUGAAAGCAGAAAGGAAAGCUAAGGCUAAGAUUGCCUUGAAAGUUGUCGUUGAUGAAAUCGUCGAGAAGUUGAAGAAAUAUGAGGAGUCUUAUUCCGAGAGCAAACAAGCCAGAGCCGAAAAGAAUCAAAAAUUUGACAUCUACACCAAAGAGAUGCAAGACUUAGAUGAACGGCUGGAAGCACUUGGAGAAAUCGUGGAGGCAUUUGAUGAGAUAUAUCGCCGAGUGCAGCGGGAAGUGAAUGCUCUGUGGGAAGGAGAGGACUUCUCCUCUUUGGAAGACUGAUUGGGGCCCGCCACUGUGAUGUUGAACGCUUGUACAUAUAUUACUUUUCACAUUCAGUACCAUAACUGUUAAGCUACGUCUCAAAAUGAUCGUAUCGCCAAAUGUGUGCUUUUUAAAGUUAAAUCCUUACUUGUUUCUGGAAAAAGUUUAUUGUUGUUUAAGCAGAAUUUGUUAUUAUAAAGUGAAGACGAUAUGGGCUUUCGCUGUUCCAGUCACGGAAAAGCCAAAUAUUCAGGUCUUUAACAUAAGCUUUUUGGUAGUUUUGAAGUGGCUAGGUUCUGGGUAGCUUCUGGGGAUAAAUUAAGCUCAUUUAAAACUCUUGCAGAGACUAUCUGUCACUGCUUGCAGUCUGUCAUAGCAGAUAAACAAUAUGUUUACAGCAGUUUCACUCAGGCUUAAGUUUAAAAUCAGGUGAAUGGGAAAGUGCUUUUUACAAUAAUUGCGCAAAAACUGUAAUAAUAGUUUUGCUGGCAGACUGUUAGGGUUUUAUGUUAUCGUUGGGGUGAUAAUACCAGUUUUCAAAAAUUGUUCUUCAACAUAUAUGCUAUGAAGAGCUCUGUAAAGAACGAGUCUGGAAUUUAUUUGAUGAUAAAAAGUAAAUCCAGAUUUAGCGUAGUAAAUUUCGAUAUACGAUAUACUUUCCUUAAAGAUUUUGAGUUUCAGAAUAAAACGUUUGGUUCCCUUCGAA